AUGCAGCUGCCCCAGAAUCAAUCAAUUAACUUAUUGAGUAGCGGAGGAACCAGCGGCAGCGACAGCAGUGGAGGAGCUGGUGACAGCGGCAGCGGCACCCUCGACAGCAGCGGCAGCGGUGGGAGCGGCGCCAGUGGUAACAGCGGCAGUGGCAGCAGCGGUGGAACUGGCGGUGGCGGCAGCGGCGUAAGUGGCACCGGUGGCAGUGGGGGAAGCGGCGGCAGCGGGGGAAGCGGUGGCAGCGGAGUCAGCGGCAGUGGAGCCGAUGGCAGUGGUGCCGGCGGUAGCGGCAUGAGCAGUGGCAGCAGCAGCAGCGGGGGAACAGGCAGCGGCAGGAGCGACACCCUGCG